AAAAUGACGUCACCUGGAAUACUGUGUACAUGUUCCGUGAAGCAUAAACGCUUGACAAUUGUUGGGUGUGCCCUAGAAGAAACAAGGAUUUUCACCAGUGUUAUAUCGGAAUUAUUGACAUUUUAUAAGAAAAUGGAGUGAUUUUAAACAUAAACAGGGCCACUUAUAUAAAACAGCUGACAUUUAACAACAACAAGAAAUAAGGACAUACCAAAGUCUUUAACAAUGGUCAUUCUAGCCAAGGGUGACCAUGUGUGGAUCGAACCAAAGCAAAAGACCGAGUUCAGCGUUGCCAUUGGUGCGCAGGUCCAGUACUCGGAGGCGGGCCGGAUACGGGUAGUUGACGACGAUGGAAAGGAACAUUGGGUAGAUGGGAAACAACAGAUUCGGCAUAUGAACGCGACUUCUGUCAAUCACAUAGAAGACAUGAUCUUACUUGGUGACCUCAACGAGGCUGGGAUACUUCGCAACUUGUUUCUUAGAUAUGCUGAUAACAAAAUAUACACCUACACUGGUUCCAUUCUGGUAGCUGUAAACCCUUACCAAGUAUUGCCGAUUUAUACGCCAGAAUAUAUCUCAGAGUAUCGGGACAAGAAGAUUGGUGAGUUGGAGCCUCAUAUCUUCGCUAUAGCAGACAACUCGUACCAUAACAUGCAGAGAUACCAGCAUGAUCAGUGUGUUAUCAUCAGUGGAGAAUCAGGUGCGGGUAAAACAGAAAGUACAAAACUUAUCCUGCAGUUUCUAGCGGCCAUCAGUGGUCAGCAUUCCUGGAUAGAACAACAAAUUCUAGAAGCUAAUCCUAUCAUGGAAGCCUUUGGUAAUGCCAAAACUAUCAGGAACGACAACUCUAGUAGAUUCGGCAAGUAUAUAGAUAUUCACUUCAAUCAACGUGGAUCAAUAGAGGGCGCUAAGAUCUUACAGUACUUGCUGGAGAAGUCGAGAAUCGUUCACCAAGCUCACGAUGAGAGAAACUACCAUAUAUUUUACUGUAUGUUAGCUGGUAUGACCCAAGAUGAGAAGAGGAAGUUAGACGUCACUAAUGCCCAGCAAUACUGGUACCUCACUCAGGGUGGAGAUACUAAAUGUGAAGGUAGAGAUGAUGCUAAAGAGUUUGCUGACAUCAGAUCAGCUAUGAAGGUGCUCAUGUUCUCAGAUAAAGAAGUCUGGGAACUCCUGAAAAUAUUAGCAUCAUUAUUACAUCUGGGAAACUUGAACUACAAUUGUAAAAUGGACAAUAUCGAUGAUGCCAGUGAAAUAUCAGAUAUAUCUCACAUCAACAAAGUGUGUGCUCUUUUUGAGGUUCAAGCCCAGGAUCUGAUAGAUUCUCUAACAACUAAGACCAUAGUUACACGAGGGGAGAGUGUCACCAGUGCUAUGGGUGUGGCCCAGUCAAUGGAUGUCAGGGACGCGUUUGUGAAGGGUAUCUAUGGUAGAAUGUUUGUAUGGAUUGUAGAGAAGAUCAACAAGGCAAUCUUUAAACCAAAAACAAACCCCAAACAUUUCAGAAGCUCCAUCGGUGUUCUAGAUAUCUUCGGCUUUGAAAGUUUUGAUAUCAAUAGUUUUGAACAGCUGUGUAUCAACUAUGCGAACGAGAAUCUGCAGCAGUUUUUCGUACAGCAUAUCUUCAAGCUAGAACAAGAGGAGUAUGACAAUGAAGGUAUCAACUGGCAACAUAUUGAGUUUGUUGACAACCAAGAUGCCCUCGAUCUCAUUGGUCUAAAACCUAUGAACAUCAUCUCAUUGGUUGAUGAGGAGAGCAAGUUUCCCAGGGGUACAGAUCAGACUAUGUUAGACAAGCUACAUCAGACCCAUCAAAAUAACAAGAACUAUCUCCGACCAAAGGCUGAUAUUAACAGAGUGUUUGGUCUCAACCAUUUUGCUGGUGUUGUCUUCUAUGACAGUAAAGGAUUUCUGGAGAAGAAUAGAGAUACGUUUUCUGGAGAUUUACUACAAGUUAUACAGUCAUCAGGGAAUACAUUCUUACUGGAUCUCUUCAAACAAGAUAUACAUAUGGGUUCAGAUACAAGAAAAAGAGCCCCGACAUUAGGAGCCCAGUUCAAGAAGUCUCUGGAAUCUCUAAUGAAGACAUUGAAUGCCUGUCAACCUUUCUUUGUUAGGUGUAUUAAACCUAAUGAGUUCAAGAGAGCACAGGAUUUUGACAGGGAGCUAUGUUGUAAGCAGCUCAGGUAUUCUGGUAUGAUGGAGACAAUCCGUAUCCGUCGAGCCGGAUAUCCUAUCAGACAUUCUUUCUACGAUUUUGUUGAUCGUUACCGUAUCCUUGCUGACGGUAUUGGCCCCGCCCACAAGGAGGAGUGCAGGGCAGCUUCACUGAAGAUCUGUCAGAAAGCCCUUGCUGGUUUAGAUUAUCAGUUGGGACGUACAAAAGUUUUCCUCAAGGACGCACAAGACGCAUUUUUAGAGCAGCAGCGUGAGAUACGGUUGACGGAGAAGAUUGCUAUCAUACAGAAGUGCAUACGUAUGUGGGCGGUGAGACGUAGGUUCCUGAAGAUGGUUGGAUGCUGUACCACAAUACAAACUAGAUGGAGAGCGUAUGCUGCCAGGAAGAAAUUCUUAGCUAUGAGGCAAGGUUACAUGAGACUACAAGCUUUAUGUAGGUCAAGGGUUCUCACAGCUCAGUUUAACGCACAGCGUAGUCUAGUGAUUAACUUACAGCGUUAUUGUCGGGGUCACCUGGUACGUCAGUGGGCACAGAAGAGAAUGUUCUCUAUCAUCAGAAUACAGGCACAGAUUAGAGCUGCUAUACAGAGGAUGAAGUUCCGACGAUUGAGGAUUGAGUAUGAGAAACGUAUGGAAGCAGAGAGGAUCAGACAAGAGGAGGAGACAAAGCUAAGGAAGAAGAUGAAUGAGAAGAAGGCCAAACAAGAAGCCGAGAGAUUACAUCAGGAAAGACUUGCUGAUAUUGAACGUGAAGCAUUCGAGACAGAGAGGAUGCAACGAGAACAGGCGAAGAUGAAAGUUGAACAAAUAGAAAUCACAGAGAGGAAACGAAAUGAGACAGUCAGCGAUUCUCAAGUGGUGGAUGAUAUAUUUGGAUUUAUUGGGGACGGACAAGAGGGAUAUGGUGGUGAAGGGCCGUCUGCAUUCGCUUCAGAUGGAUUUCAGGAUAACUUUCUGUUUGCAGAUCUUGAGGAAAAGAGGAAGCGUAUUAUGUCGGAGAUCGGUUACGACACCGACGAGAUGCAUAUACCUUUACCAUUAGACGAGGAGGAUAUAUCUGAGUACAAAUUCUCCAAAUUUGCAGCGACGUUUUUCCAAGGGAACGCCACACACACGUACAUUAGACGUCCGAUCAGAACUUCAUUGUUACAGUUGAAAUCUGAGAGUGAUCACCUGGCUGCCCUUGCUGUAUGGAUCACCAUACUGAGGUUUAUGGGAGAUUUGCCGGAACCGAAAAUAUAUACUGGAGUACAGGAUACUAGGGACACAACCCCAGUAAUGACUAAAAUCUACUCGACCCUGGGACGUAAAUUCAACAAGAAAGAUCUAGAAGAAGCACAGCGUAUGAAUAUGGAACUCGAGAAUGAGCCGAACGCGAUGAUUCGUGGUAGCGGGAAACGCAGCAUGCGUAAAAAGCUUGUGUCUUUGACACUGAAAAAGAAAUCAAAGAUUACAGAAGAGUUCAAGAAUCAGCUUGAUUCUGAUUAUUUCUCACCAUCGGGUCAAAAUGCUCUAUUAGAAGAGAGGCCGACUACAAACUUGGAAAAAUUACAUUUUAUAAUCGGGCACGGUAUCCUGCGACCAGAUUUAAGGGACGAGAUAUAUUGUCAGAUUGCCAAACAGCUUACCCAGAAUCCUUCACGCUCGUCACAUGCUAGAGGCUGGAUCUUACUGUCUUUAUGUGUCGGAUGCUUCGCACCCUCCGAUAAGUUUAUCAAGUACCUAAGGAAUUUCAUAAGUGAGGGACCACCAGGUUAUGCCCCUUAUUGUGAGGAGAGAUUGCGACGAACCUUUGCCAACGGUACCCGUAACCAGCCCCCAUCAUGGCUCGAACUUCAGGCUACCAAAUCCAAGAGACCUUUGAUGCUUCCAAUAACAUUUAUGGAUGGCAACACAAAAACAUUGCUCGCUGACUCAGCAACAACAGCUAGAGAACUCUGUCAACAACUGUCAGAGAAAAUCGGUCUCAAAGAUCAGUUUGGAUUCUCAUUAUACAUUGCUCUUUUUGAUAAGGUAUCAUCUCUGGGUAGCGGAGGUGAUCAUGUAAUGGACGCCAUAUCUCAGUGCGAACAAUAUGCCAAGGAACAAGGAGCUCAAGAAAGAAACGCACCAUGGAGGUUGUUCUUCAGGAAGGAAAUAUUUGCUCCAUGGCAUGAUCCGAGUGAAGAUUCCACGGCAACAAAUCUAGUUUACCAACAAGUUGUACGUGGUAUCAAGUUUGGUGAAUACAGAUGUGAUAAGGAUGAUGAUUUAGCAAUGAUCGCAGCACAACAGUACUAUAUUGACUACGGUUCCAACUUGAGUACCGAACGUUUACAGAGUCUUCUCCCCUCGUACAUUCCCGACAGCCUCCUCGGCAAACCUAACGCUCUAACCUACUGGAUGCAGCAAGUCAACAAUAAAAUACACGGCCCUUACUUUGCCAAUGAUAGGAUUAAGGGCCUUAAAGUGAAAGAGGACAUUGUUAGUUAUGCCAAAUAUAAAUGGCCACUUUUAUUCUCAAGAUUCUAUGAAGCGUAUAAAUUUGCCGGACCGAGCCUACCGAAGAAUGAUGUCAUAAUAGCCGUUAACUGGACCGGUGUGUAUGUCGUGGACGAUCAAGAACAAGUACUGCUGGAGUUAUCUUUCCCUGAAAUAACAGCUGUCUCAAGCAGCAGGACAGGAAAGAUGCAUGGCCAGAGUUUUACUCUAGCUACAGUGAAAGGUGACGAGUACACAUUUACUUCACCCAAUGCUGAAGAUAUCCGUGACCUUGUUGUCACCUUCCUUGAAGGUCUAAAGAAACGUUCCAAAUAUGUGAUAGCCCUACAGGAUUACAAUGCACCUGGUGACACAUUCUUGAACUUCCAGAAGGGAGAUUUGAUUGUAUUACUGCAACAGAAUGGUGAGACUGUGAUGAACUCCGGCUGGUGUGUCGGAGAAUGUGUCAGGUCACAGAGGAAGGGAGAUUUCCCCGCUGAAUGCGUAUACGUGCUGCCAACCAUCACUAAACCACCCCCAGAAAUACUGCAACUGUUUAUACAGUCGUCAGACCCAUCAAUGCUGGUACAAAAUACUGGAGAGGUUACAGUAGAAACUGGAGAGAAACCAUACACACUAGAGGAAUAUGCCAUGGACCAUUUCAGACCACCACCUAAGAGAACACUCACAAAAACACUGUCAUCAGCCAGGCGACGUAAGCCAGAUGAAUUGUGGAGAUAUUCAAAGGAACUGUUGAAACAGCCAUUGUUAAAGAAAUUACUGGGUCGUGAAGAAGUGAGCCAAGAGGCUUGCAUGUGCUUCCUAGCUAUCCUAAAAUAUAUGGGAGAUCAUCCGUCACGACGUGGACGUGUCGCUAACGAGCUUACUGAUCAGAUCUUUGAACCUCCACUCAGAACUGAGCUGUUGAAGGAUGAGAUAUAUUGUCAGGUCAUUAGACAGUUGACUGACAACAAGAACAGAUUAAGUGAGGAACGAGGGUGGGAGUUGAUGUGGUUAGUGACCGGAUGUUUUGCCCCAUCAACAAACCUGCUUAAAGAAGCCACCUUGUUCCUUCGCUCUCGUAGUAGAAAUCCAAUUGCCCAAGACUGCAUACAUAGACUUCAGAAAACUUUGCGAAAUGGAACAAGAAAGUAUCCCCCUCACCAGGUGGAGGUUGAAGCUAUACAACACAAGACCACACAGAUUCUUCACAAAGUUUACUUCCCUGAUGAUUCUGAUGAGGCAUUUGAGGUAGAGUCAAGUACCAGAGCUAAAGAUUUCUGUUUGAAUAUAUCCACCAAAUUACGUUUGAAAUCAUCAGAAGGGUUCAGUUUAUUUGUGAAAAUUGCUGACAAAGUGAUAAGUGUGCCAGAAGGGGACUUCUUCUUUGAUUUUGUACGACAUUUAAUAGACUGGAUACGAAAAGCGCGACCAACUAGAGAUGGUGCCCCACCACAGUUUACGUACCAAGUUUUCUUCAUGAAGAAAUUGUGGACUAAUCUGGUACCCGGCCGUGACAUGAACGCUGAUUUGAUCUUCCACUUUCACCAAGAGUUACCUAAACUGUUACGUGGCUACCAUAAAUGUAGCAGGGAGGAAGCUUCUAGACUUGCUGCUCUUAUUUACAGAGUGAAGUUUGGCGAACAGAAGGCUGGUCUACAAAAUAUUUCACGUUUAUUAAGAGAGCUUGUCCCAGCUGAUCUGAUUAAAACUCAAUCACCAGAAGAUUGGAAGAGGGCUAUACUCAGUGUAUACAAUGCUGAUGCAGCAUUAUCACAAGAAGAUGCUAAAAUAGAAUUCCUCAGAGUCAUCUAUAAAUGGCCAACCUUUGGUUCAGCUUUCUUUGAAGUCAAGCAAACAACAGAGCCAAACUACCCAGAACAUGUGCUGAUAGCCAUUAAUAAGAAUGGUGUCAAUCUCAUCCAUCCCCAGACAAAGGAUAUCUUGGCUACCCAUCCAUUUACUAAGAUCUCCAACUGGAGCAGUGGUAACACAUACUUCCAUAUGACAAUAGGAAAUCUACUGAGGGGCAGUAAACUUCUCUGUGAAACAUCAUUGGGUUACAAGAUGGAUGACCUAUUGACCUCAUACAUCAGCCUCAUGUUGACAAACAUGAAUAAACAGCGCACAUCAAAAAGAUAACUUUGUCAUAACAUAAAGAUAACUCUUACAUAACAAAAAAGGAUAACUCUGUUUAUCUCUAAAAACACUUUGUUACAAGGAAAACAUAACUGUGUUAGAACAAAAAGAUAACUCUGUUAUAAGCAAAGGAUAACUGUAUUGUUAUAAGCAAAGGAUAAUUAUUAGAAGAUAAGGACAACUACUAUUUCAAAAUAGAUAACUCUGUAAAGACUGUAUAUAUAAAUAUUGUUGACCCUGACUUUGUAUGAUAGACUCAAAACCUCUUUGAUAGGGUACUAUACAAGUCAUUUUAGAAGUUUAUAUCAAUGCAUUUAGAGAACAGAAAUGAUAUUCAACUAAUUUAUAAUUAACUAAAAGAAAGAUGAUAAUAUCUGUUGUGAUAAUGAUAAUAUUUAAAGUGCAGUUAAUAGUUCCCUCUAGAAUUAUAGACUCUAUAAUAAUUAUAUUUUAAGAAAUCAUUUUGACAUGUUUUACUGGUGUUAUAAUGGUUCAUAUUUUAUACAUCUGAUCACAUUUUGUGUUCAGUUUGAGGUAAAUAAAUUUAGUGUUCAACAUGCACUCGUGUCAACCCACAGCACCAUCUUACAAAACUGUCCUUAAAUCAAACAUUGUACCAUUAAUUCUGCAAUGAUCCAUUUGAAAUGUGGACAACUCAUCGCCUUAGUGCAGUAACGGGUUAAGUCCGUCUACAUUUAAUAGGACUUAACUAGUUAUUGCACUAAGGUGACAAUUUACUGUGCUUUUUUAAUGGUUCUUGUUCACAUAUACAAGUACUAAUGACAUACGCACAUUUUAUGUAAUGGCACACUUCAUGUUAUUGCAUAAACAAGGGUUCAGUUAUGAGGCAUCAAAAUAUAAGGAUAGUAUUAAUGUUAUGAAUUUAUUGCAUUUUUGUAGGCGUAGUGUGUUUUGAUAGUUUGAUAAAAUAUAUCAAGAAAACAUGGCCUAAACCAGUAAUAAUGUUGUGAUAAUUAUCAGUGUAAUGUAAUUGAUAAUUUUGCAUGUAAUUAAGAUAGUGAGUAAAUGUUUUGUCAAUGAAACAAGCUUGGUAUACAUACACUGUUGUUUAAAAAAAUCUAACUGGCGUACAAAAUUAUUCUUUAUCACUAUCAAUUCAUCAUUGUUGUUUAUGUAUAGAAUUUUGCUUAAAUUGACUGUCAUUAAAACACAUUAUGAGAUGUUUUUUUGUUAUCACGUUUUUUUACGGUCUUUAUAAAGUACAUUGUGCUAAAAUCCCUCAUUUACAUAAGCUUGUUAUUCCAGUUUGACAAUUUAUUGUUAAAAUUCCAACAUCACUAAAACACAUAUGUGCUAUGUUUAUGUUCAACAUAUGUUUAAUGUGUAUAUAAGCUAAAAUCACAUUGCAUAUACAUAUUUUGAAAUGAAUCUAUUUUGUGAACUUACUUUUAUUGUAUUAUUCUUUUUUUGUUUUGGUAUUAUAGAAGUUCUGUAGAACAAUAAUAUAACAUAGUUUGGAUAUAGGAGCAUUGUUACAUGCUGGUAUAGUUAACAAGUGCCAGAUUUAGUUACUAGAGACUGUUUUCUUGGAAAUUUCUACAAUUUCACUAUAAAUAUUACAUAACAAACAAGUAGACCUAAAGAAUUUUAAUUCUUUCAAUAAAAAAGAUUUCUAGAUUGUUCUGUAGCUAGGAUUCCUAGAGGAACUCAUAUUUUGUUAUUAUAAUGAUACAUUUCAAUAUAUUUGUUUAUACAAUUAUUAUAAUUUGUGUUACCAUGGUUACCAAGUUGUUGGUUAGGGAACAUGUAUCUUUCUGUCUCUCAUACACAGACAUAAUAUUCCAUAGUUAUAUAAACUUGUUUUUUUGUCUCCGUCAUGUUUUUAUUUAAAGAUUUAUUUAUACCUAGAAAUACCAGAGAAAUGGAAAUAAUGUGAGACAUUUGGAUGCAGUAACCAUAUCAUGUGAAACAGAAUUCUGAAAGAAAGCUCAACAAGGCUAAAAUUGAAAAUGUUGCAGGCUCUGUUUGUUUGGGCAAUGUUCAUAGAUGGAAGUGGUAAUUGCAAGCUACCGUUCACAUUCCCUAGCACAUGAUUUAGCAGAAUUCAACAUUUAAACAUGAAAAGGGUGAUUUUUUUUUUUAAUUAAAAAAUAUCUACAGAUGUGUUCAUAUGUCAGUUAUCAUACAACCUUUAAUGAGGCAUUUUCAUGCCAUUCCAUGAAAAGUGGAAUAAGGCACUCAAAUGUAUAAUUCAAAAUUACAGCGGUGAUGGUGACUUACUUGUACUACAGUACUUGUACUACUGACUUACAUGUACCUCUAGUACUAACUAAAUUAUGGCAUGACCAGCCUGAACUUCCAUGCUGUCGGACCAAAUUCUAUGCCAUUGGUUGCUUACUUUAAGUUAUCAAAAUACACUUGUAACACUUACAAUAUCAAAGUUUUCAUAUUCAAAGCAAGAACAAGUCAAUUAUUCACAUAUUGAUUGUCAGGUAUAAUACAAACAGAUUUAAUAAUAAAAGUAGGUUGUGUUUUUCUUUGACAGCUAAUAAAGCUGUAUACAGAUUAAAACUUGAUGUUGAAGCCCUUAACCUGCCAAAUUUGUAUAAAUUAACCUUCCUUUGAAUUAAGAGCAUUUGCUGUCUUUUUUGAUUGUAAGUUAAAAACCAACUAUAUUGAGCCUGAGCAGACUGUCCUACCAUUAAGGUUUUCCCUGUUUUUGUCACUCAGGUGGCAUAGAUCAAACCUGUAAAUACAACAAACCUGUAGACUUUAAAUGUAAAUAUUUCCUCUACUUGACUAUUUGUACUGGUAAAUUACUGCAUUAAAAUGUCACGCUUUAUUUUGAGAAUUUUAUAUUUUGUAUAUAAAGUUAUUUAGAUUCCACAAAAUAUAACCCUAUUAUGUUUUGUAUUUAUCUUUAUGUGUUUUUUAUGUUAUAAUAUGUAUUAUUAAUGUACAUGAAUAUUCCAAGGUUGUAUGAUUUGUAUGGAUUGUUUUGGUUGUGCCAGUUAUAUGAAUUGUUUAAUUAUUACAAAUAUGUGCACUCUUUGCUGUGUUUAUGUGUGAAAUGAAUAUUCAUGAUGAUAAUUAGGAAAAUAUUUAUGAAUAUUAAUUAUCAAGUUGUAAAAGUAUUCAGUUUCAAUUUAUUAGUUUUGCCUCCAAAAGACUUUCAGUUGUUUUAUUGAUUUAAAAAUAAUACUGAAAAUGAUAAUGAAAGAGCUAUUUCUGCUGUUGAAUAUGCCUAUUUGCUUUUGCCUUAUUAAUAUUCAUGAGAAAUGUAAAUUUCAUUUUGAUUUCUGUGAUGUUGAAGAAUAAUUAUAGAAGUUCUAGUUUAGUUUUAGUUGAACAUCAUUCAUGCAUUUGAAUUAUAGUAACAUUCAAAAAUAAAUAUUUUUAUUUGAAUGUUUUAAAUAACUAUAAUUACGAUAAUAUUAUUAUAUUAACUAAAAUGUAAUGGUUAACUUUCUACACUUGAAUCUUGCAUGCAUAUUAUAGUUUGUCUAAAGUUAGUACUCAAAUAAGAAAAGCUGGCCUUUUUGCAUUUAAAAUAAUGUAAGCUACCUAUGUUCACAAUUUAACUUCUAUUAAAUAGAAUCUGUGACACCAAGUGCAAAACAAUUUAUCAUGGUAACAGAUGAGACUUGCUUUAACAUGCAAUGAGAAAAUUAAUUUCAUUUCUUUCAUUUAUAUGUUACGUGUUACAUACUUUCCUUUAAAUGAUGAAAUUACAUAUUUUCUGGACUGGGAGUCACUCCAGAUACACAUGAAACCAUGACAUUUUAUUAUUAUCGAACAAAAAUGACAUCUAUUGAAUUAGAAAUGAUUAAAUCUUUAACAAAUUUAUGUAUUGUUUCCUAGUUGUCUUGGAACUGAGUCAUUGUAGCUACUGUAUUUAUUAAGUGAGAUUUUCAGUUGUAAAACACAUACUUGGAUAGUUGAACCACCUUCGCUAUUUGCAGUCCAUAGCUUAGCCUUAUAGUGGCUGAAAUGAAUAUGCAUUAUGAAAUUAAGAAGAAGUUAUAUUCAGCAUUUGCAUAGUUCCAGAAAUAAACAUUCCAGACUUUAUAAAUUCUUUUGAAGAUAAAUUUAAGAUAUUUUAAAUAUCUUUAUUUACAUACCAUAUAUACUAACAUUCCAUAUUAUUCCUGUGAUAUAUAUAAUGUAAACAUAUUUCAUGUGUCUUUGUUUUGCUAUUUUUCUGAAUUUUCUUCAUGUAUAUAAUAAGCAUUCCAUUAAAGAACUUUUAUAUUAAAUUGUACAUCACAGAUGUUUAUAAAUUGAAAAAGGGCGGAGUUUUGUGACAUGCAUAUUCAUUAAUUAUAAUGGUAAGGAGUCAUUGACUUAAUUAUUGUUUGAAAAUGUCAUGUAUUUAGGUCUUUGUUACAAUUGUGAGCUAAGAGUCCAUCCAAUAUCUGAAACAUGAGGCUGGUUUUAUCUAUGUCAUAUUUUGUACGACUAUAAAAUGAUUAAUAAUGUCCGAUUAUAAAAAAAUAUGUAUUCUGUUUAACACUUAACAGCAAGUUAUUGCAUGUUUACUAUAUUUUGCUAGAGAUUUUAUUGCCUUGAUAUGUUAUAUUACAAUAAUUGCACAUUCAACCACUGUAAACAUUAAGUGCACAUUAUUGUUUAUUUCUUGUGACAGUACAGUAUAAAGAAGGUCAAGGGGAAUUUUGAGAGAAUUUUUUUUUCUUAUUUUGCUAUGCUGCAAAAUAAUAUGAGCCGCGUCACGACAAAACGAACAUAAUGGGUUUGCGACCAGCAUGGAUCCAGACCAGCCUGCGCAUCCGCGCAGUCUGAUCAGGAUCCAUGCUGUUCGCUAUCAGUUUCUUUACUUGUAAUAGGGUUGGAAAGCGAACAGCAUGGAUCCUGAUCAGACUGCGCGGAUGCGCAGGCUGGUCUGGAACCAUGCUGGUCGCAAACGCACUAUGUUGGUUUUGUCGUGACGCGGCUCAUAUAGAUACUAGAUGUUGACAUACAUAUAUAUAAAUUAUAGCUUGUGUACAUAUAUACACUCUGGUUCAGAUACAUAUCAAUGUGUUGUUUAUAUACAAAAGCAAUAAAAUAUAAUUUUUGA